GACACCCUCCUACACACACACCUGGUUUCCAUGCAAUUGUAAUUUACUCAUUAAUAACAGGUUUCAAACUAGGCUGCAACAUUAAAAUUGCCUGAGCUUUUAGAAAUCAUGAUGCCCAGGCACACCCCAUACUAAUUAAAUCAGAAUGUUUGGAGGCAUCAAUAAUUUUUAAAGCUCCCAGGUAAUUUCAAAGUGUAGCCAAGGUCAGCAGCCACAACUUUGUUCUUAGUGAAAAUCCUGCCUGAUCUAUAUUUCUCCCAUGUCCUUCAGGCUCCUGGUCCAACCUCAUAGAGAAGUCAUGUGUAGCUAACACCUGAUCCUGUCUCCUUAAAGAACUUAGACUGAGAAAUCCAACCCCUCUUCGCCACCUCCCCACCACACACAUAUGUACCCCAGCAGAUACCUGCAUUUCCCUCUCCUCAAUCAGGAGAAGUAGGUGACUCAAGAGUAUGAACCACAGGCUAUGGUGAAGUAAGUUAUAGUCCUCUCCCUACCUAAAACUCCAUCACCUAACAGGACCUCUAUGACCUCAUGCUGAGCAGGUCAGAACCCAAGGCCUGUGGUCUUAUCUCCCUGGGCAGCUUGGGGUUCCUGCAGCAGCCACUACCCUCCCUACCCAAUCCCUCCCACUCCCCACCAUGUUGGUUGGUACCCCCCAUCUGCUAACACUGGAUGAAGCUGAUGCCGCCUGGACCCUCAUCAAGGAUAAGGUCAUUGAAGAGCGCUUUGGGUCCAAUGUAGUGGCGGUUCCUUUCCUGUCGGAUGCAGCCUGCUAUGACCUACUGGGUGUGCUAGUGAAACAGUCCCGCCCAGCCCACACCCGCCUGGCUCUGCCAGGUCGGCAGGGCCGGAGGGCACUGAAACCAGUGGGGCCGCUGCCAAACCUCCUGGAACAGGCAGGGUCUGAGUGUGCCUUUGCCCACUGCACUCGGGAAUACUCACCAAAUGGCCGGGCAGAGAUUGCCUAUGAAGAGAUGCGACUGUUGGAUGGGCAGCCCUGUCGGAUCCGCCUACAUAUGGGUGGCCUGCGCAAGAAGGUUGCCUUCCUGUUGCUGCCGCCAGGGCAGGUGAGCCUACAGCAGACUCUUCCCUGGCUCCGAAGCACCCACAGCAUCUAUGUCAUCUACCAGGUCUUCUCCUGCUCCUGGCUGCAGCUGGGGCUGUUGCCUACAGCCCGUGAGCCCCAGCUGCUGCGAUUACAGCGGUCAUUGCCUGUUGCCUUCUCCUGCCUUAAGUUUUCACUGCAGCCCAAGGGUGUGCUGGGACCACAGAAACCUCUGACUAAAGACCCAUUGCCCCAAGGAGCCAACUGGGUCAGACCCAACUUCAGCAUCAUGCCAACUCUGUCCCCAACAUCAGCACCUGCUGAUAUCCCCGAAGCUGUUGAUGUGCCCCCACCUGUCCCAGCUCCACCUACACCACCUCCCCAGGAAGGGCCAGAGGGAAGACCCACCAGAUUCUCCUACAAGAGCCGAAACCCCUUCUGGAGGGGGCCCCAGAUGCUGUCAGAGAACUGGCUCUUCAGCCCCCGCAGUCCCCCACCAGGAGCCCAGGGUGGGGGACCCGGGGAUCCCGACCGGCACUCCAUGUCCCUGCCCCUGCUGCAGGGUCUGUCCUCGGAGUUCGACAGCGACGACUGAAGCUGAGGCGAGAGAUGCAGGGGGCAAAGCCCCCAAGAUCUGACAUAGGGAUACUGGUUCCCAAUAAACAUCAGCUGCUGCUCCCCCAAA